GAUGGAUUGUAAGAUAAUUAUUUAUUUCUUAGCUGGCAAGUAUUCAGUGAAGUGAUUGAUGCCCGUGAGUGUAUGUAGAUGUCUAUAGUUCUAAUAUUCCAACUGACAGCCAGCCUAAGUUUUUGACAAACAUAAUAACAUGCACGAGGGCUGUAAAACUGUAUUAAAAAAAAAAGAUGUUUUUGUAUGAUUUUGUCUUGGAAAAGUAACGUAGAAGCAUUCAGUUUAAAUAGAGCUCAAAUAAAGUUCAAAUUCUCCAAAUCUACACUGAAAUGCAGUACUGCAUGACUGUGCUUUACACUCCUGCUUGUGUUUUCUGUUGUGUUCAGGUCGAGAGCAGUUUCAUGGCCUGGGCUCUAUGUACUGUCGUGGCGCGGCUGCAGUCAUCCUCACCUAUGACGUUACCAACUGGCAGAGCCUGGCUGAGCUGGAAAACCGCUUCCUGUCCCUGACCGACACUGCCAACACUGACUGCAUAUUUGCCAUUGUGGGUAACAAAGCGGACCUUACCGACGCUCUCGCUCAAGAGCCACUCACAGAGAGCGAGCGAAGAGACGAACCCCAGCCUGUGGUCACGUGUCCAACUCCUCCGGCCACUCCGCUUCAGCACAAACAGGUCAGCAGAGAGGACGCCAUGGCCCUGUACGGCCGCGUGCUUCGCUACAAAGGCCUGGAGGAGAAGGCCUGUCUGCCCGCCGAGAGGAUGUGCUUUGAGACAAGCGCUAAAACGGGUUACAGUGUGGACGCUUUGUUUGAAACCCUCUUUGAGCUGGUUCUGCCCUCUAUCCUGAAGAAAAGGAGCGAGGGAGAGAGUGCCACUGUGGACCUGGAGACGCCAAUGGAGCCAAAAAGGACUAAAGCAGGAUGUUGUGCCUAGAGCUGGACAAAUAUAGGAGACGUGAGAAUUGUUGUCAAUCCAUGCCAAAGGCGGAAUGGGUGAAAAUCAUACCUAAAACUAGAAUUCAUGUGAACUACUGCUAUGUACUUAUGUUUUUCCCAGAGCAGUAUUAAAAAACUUUUGGGGGGAAUUAAAAGAUAGAAGCACUUGGUAAUCAUACAGAAUAGCUGAUUUUUAGUUUUUAUUUUCUGUGAUUUUUUUCUUCUUUGCAUUAAUGAAAUGAAAUGG